AGUGCUUUUUAUUCUUUGCCUUUAGGAUUAAGACAAUUCCCAUUGUUUAUCUUCUCACAUCAGAAACAAAGGCUGCCGGAGGCAAUAAACAGAGUUAGAAGGAUCCCAGGAAUUAUCAGAUAUUCGAGGAAUGAGUGUGCCUCGUAUGUCUUCACGUGUGUGGGCUCGGCAUGCUCGGCGUUAUCCCAGGGCGCUGCCAGCUUGUGCCCAGCACACGGGAUGGGUCCAGCCUCACCAGGCACAUAGUUCUGCACAGAAGUACCUGGCAAAGCUGUCUUCAGUGGGGAGCAUCUCUGAGGAGGAGACCUGUGAGAAGCUGAAGGGCUUGAUCCAGCGCCAGGUGCAGAUGUGCAAGAGGAACCUGGAGGUGAUGGACUCGGUGCGACGCGGAGCCCAGCUGGCCAUUGAGGAGUGCCAGUACCAAUUCCGCAACCGCCGCUGGAACUGCUCCACGCUGGACACCCUGCCUGUCUUUGGCAAGGUGGUGACGCAAGGGACACGAGAGGCAGCGUUCGUCUAUGCCAUCUCUUCAGCAGGGGUGGCCUUCGCUGUGACCCGCGCCUGCAGCAGUGGCGAGCUGGACAAGUGUGGAUGUGACCGCACAGUGCAAGGGGGCAGCCCACAGGGUUUCCAGUGGUCGGGCUGCUCUGAUAACAUCGCCUACGGUGUGGCCUUCUCGCAGUCCUUCAUCGAUGUCCGUGAGAGGAGCAAAGGGGCCUCUUCCAACAGAGCAUUAAUGAACCUCCACAACAACGAGGCAGGGAGGAAGGCAAUCCUGAACAACAUGCGGGUGGAAUGUAAGUGUCACGGUGUGUCAGGCUCAUGCGAGUUCAAGACAUGCUGGAAAGCCAUGCCCCCCUUCCGCAAAGUGGGCAACGUCCUGAAGGAGAAAUUUGAUGGUGCCACAGAGGUCGAACAGAGCGAGAUUGGAUCCACCAAAGUGCUGGUGCCCAAAAACUCCCAGUUCAAGCCACACACAGACGAGGACCUCGUCUACCUAGACUCCAGUCCUGACUUCUGUGACCAUGACCUCAAGAAUGGGGUCCUGGGCACCAGUGGGCGGCAGUGCAACAAGACCUCCAAGGCCAUCGAUGGCUGCGAGCUGAUGUGUUGCGGCCGUGGCUUUCACACGGACGAAGUGGAGGUUGUGGAAAGGUGCAGCUGCAAAUUCCACUGGUGCUGCUCCGUCAAGUGCAAACCCUGCCAUCGGGUGGUGGAGAUCCACACAUGCCGGUGAUGCACAGGGGAGCGCGCCCACCUGUAUCCUCUUUAACUGACCCUGCUUCUCCCUUGCCCCACAGCCAGGACUGAGGAAGUGACAAUGAUACUGCUGGGAGAGCACAGCUCUUUACAGAGACAGAACCACAGAGAAAAACAGAUUUUAAAGAAAAAAAUAUUUAAAGUUUAA